GCGAUAGCAGUGAAAUGUGUCAAGAGGAAUGGCACACCCAGAAAACGCUUGUGCAGAUAAUGCUCAAUGUUUAUUCAGAAGAGCAAGGAGUCGAAGAGCUUCUCAAAACUACUGACCUUCAGUCUCUGGUCAUAACAACAGCCUCUCUUUGGGACCAAGGCAGCCGUUCCUGGAAAAACCCCAUAAGUUGUGUCCUGAAAACAAUUUCGAAGACCCCAUCCCAAAAUAUAAUUUCAUACCUGCAAGCUUCAGGUUGCAUUAAAAUGUCCAUUCAGAACUUGUUGAAGUUGGCCGACUCCUUGCCUCCGUGUGAUGCAUGUGAAGCCCUCAACAUCCUCCUAUGUUUUGUGAAGGACUCCUACCUGUUCUCCCCAGCUUUGCUUUCCGAGUUUGAGAACAACGGGGGGUACCAGCUGCUGCUGAAAGUUUUUCUCAGGUACAAUGGGCUACUGGAUGGCAAAGAAGACGAGAGUCUCAAAGAGACACUGGACAUUCUGACGCAACUCACGGUCUGUGGGAAAACAGAGCUGAAGGUUUCAGGCAACAUCGCACACCCUCAGCUGCCACAAUUCAGUGCUGAACAGCCCCCUUCCACAGGAAACAGAGUGAGAAACCUGAAGGCUUUCCAGGUGCUUGAAUCCCUUUUUCGGAAGACCAGCAACCCCGCCCUGGGCCAGCAUGUCUUGCUGGCCAUAAAGUCCAUCUGGACCUGGGAUCCCAUGAACUUCUUUCUCCUCGAGUGGUCGCUGCAGCCCAUCUCCCAGUUUGUGGGGCUCCUCCCCCUCAAGCCCCCCCUAGUCCGGACUCAGCUCUUCCAGCUGGUCGAGUCAGUGGUUCUGGAACUCUCAUACAUCCCUCACGAUAUCCUGAAAGAGAUUCAGAGUUUGAUCAAGGAGAACGCUGAGCCACUCAUCACCUCAGCGGCUCUGCGCUGCCUCCACAACAUCAGCCGAAAGGAUCCGCUCUUUACAGACAUCUUCCGAGACUCGGGACUGUUGGGAAUGCUGCUUGCUCAACUGCGCAAAGAAGCUAAGAUACUGAGGAGGAAAGGUGGAGGCCAAACACCUGGUUGCCAAGAUCACACUGCGGAAAGAGAACACAUCAGUAGGAUGCUGAAGAUGGUGGCUGCCCUUCUUGAGGGGUCUGUUAGGAACACUGUGGUUCUCCGGGAUUACGGGAUGGUGCCGUACAUUAAGAUUUUUCUGGAUGAUGAGUUGUACCGAAGCGACGCGCUGACGAUCCUGGAGCAGCUGUCCGUGGUGAACCCCGAGGAGUACAUGAGCAUCGCGGUGGGGGCCCUGUGCUCUUCCACCCAAGGGGAGCUGCCCCUCAAGCUCGAUCUGCUGAAGUCUCUCCUGAGGAUGCUGGAACAACCCCGGAGCCGGUCAGCCUUCAGAACCAGCAGUGGUUUUAAUGGACUGCUUUCCCUUCUCUUCGAUAUGGAGGGCGCACUGCAUGAUCCGCCAUCAGUCAUGUGGAGCUCAGUCCACCACAGCCAGGCGAUGGAGCUGCUCUCGCAUACCCUCCACGCGAUAGCCGCUGCUCUUCACUUGGACACUGUCAAUAGCGACUUCUUCCACAAAAACGGCCUCUUUGAGAAGCUGGCGGAGUACCUGUCCUUGCUUGGCUGCUUCGCAGUGCCAAAAGGGAGGCAGACCGUUAGAGCGCUGAGCAAGACUAGAUCAUUUGUCGAAUUGUUGGAUGCAUCUGUUUGCUCAGCACAGAAUCUCCCGACCUGGUUCAAAAGCUGCGUAUGGAUAUUCAGUUUCCUUGACCAGAUGGCCAAGGGGAAUGUCUUCCAGCUCAGGAGCUGCUCGAUGAAGCUGGAGCCUGGGGCAGAGGCACUCCUCCCAGCACAUAUUGAUGAGACCCCCCAAAAUCACCCAGACAAGAUGGAGGGCACCGAGGAGCACCUGGACAAUCAGAGAACAACUGACAAUCUGCAGCUGGAUCCCAAAGAAAGAUUCACCAGUAGAGAGGGGCCGAUCAUGUACCCAGGAGCUCUUGGUGUGAUGUUGAGGUUGCUUCCCAAACUCUACAAUGAAGCUUGCCAAGAGUUAUCAUGGGAACUCCAGUAUGCAGUGGCCCAUCACAUUCAAUCCUUGAUGAGUGGGGAGAAGAACCGCCAAGUGGCCUGUGUUGCAGGUCUGCUGGUCACCAUUGUUUCUUGCUGCCAGGAGGAGCUCCGCAAUGCCAGAUGCCCCCUGCACCUGCCACUCCUCAGACUCUUUGAGAAGCUUGCUUCCCAGUCCAUUGAGCCAGAUAUCUUAAGGCAGUUUCUCUGCCUCAGGACUCGGUUGCAACCUCUGGUGUCUGGUUCCAGUGCAAGCUCAUCUCCAGCAACUCUGGGGCAGCAGGAUGAAUUAUUUAAACCAGCUUGCAAAGACGGUUCACCGAGUGAUCCUGCAAAUUGUCACCUGGCUCCCUUGGGCUCAGUCACAUCGUGGACAUCUGAGAGUUCAGUGGUGGCUCUUGAGGCAGCCACGAGUCUGAUUGCCAUGACUGCGCCACGCAGCUUCCAACCGCACAGCACAUGCCUGGCACCUUCCUUUGUGGAGUUUGACAUGUCCCUGGAAGGAUACGGCUGUUUAUUUCUCCCAACUUUGUCUACGGUUCUGGGUCCCAACACUGAACACUGUAUCUCAGGAGGAAUUGGAAAAGGCCCCCGGUUGUUCCCCCCGCUGGAUGGCCUGACCUUCUCCUCCUGGUUUCUGGUCAGCAAGAUGGGUUCUGCGGACGAUGCCCCCCAUCCUCUGCGCUUUCUCACUCUGGUGCGUCACAUGGCACGGACGGAAGAAGAAUUUAUCUGCUUUGCAGUGAGCUUUUCUCCCAAGAGCAGUUGCUUGACCAUCUCCACAGAGGAAGUGCCCCUGCGGCCCCUCGACUUCAUGGAACCUGAGUGCGAAAGCUUCGGUCACUCCUCUAUCUUCUCCCAAGUACAGUUCAGUUGUGCCGGGCUGGUACUUACUAGGCAGUGGCAUCACCUUGUGUUGACCGCAGCAGUGGAAACAAAGAAGAUUUGCAACAUUUCGGCCUACAUAGACGGGCAGCUACUCGGCUCUGCUAAGAUGCAAUAUAUCCAGCCGUUUCCAGGGAGCUUUACUUCUAUGGAUCCUUCUUCUUUUAUUGAUGUUUAUGGCUACGUGGCUACCCCACGGGCUUGGAAACAGAAGUCUUCCCUGACUUGGCGCCAAGGCCCUAUGUACUUGUUUGAAGAAGUCGUUUCUGUAGAGACCUUGCAGCAUAUUUUCAAAUUGGGUCCAAGAUACUGUAGCAACUUUCAGGCUGUGGAGCUUGGAGGAGGAAGCUCCUGUAGCAAUUUACGGGCCGGACCCUUAGUAGCACAGGAAAAGAUUUCAUUUGGAAUCAACGUGAUGAGCUCAAGCUAUACCACAAUCAAAGGCAUAAGGGAAUGCUAUGGAGAGGUGGAUGGACGCCUGAUAGCCAAAGAGCUGGAGCUCUCCUCUCGUGAUGGUACAACACCAGUUUACAUGGCUCAAAAUACUGCUGGAAAACUUCCAGGCCCCUUAAGGACUAUCGGAUCAGUUGCUGUGGGCCAAUAUGGGACUCGAGUAUUCCAGACAUGCCCUGCAGCUGUCAGCUUGAACUAUAUUGGAGGCCCUGCUCUUCUGCUCGGCCUCCUGGUGAUGGCGGAAGAUGAGAGCUCCAUGUAUGCCACUGCCAAAGCUCUUCACUCUGUCCUCAGCAGCAGCACAAUGAGUGAAAAUCAGAUGAGGCAGAUGGGUGGGUACCAGAUCCUAGCUUACCUUCUGAAAAGGAAGGCACAUCUGUUAAACAGGAGAAUUUUGCAACUGAUUCUUUCCACUGGGGGCGCGGCUGAGACUGGCUUGGGAUCCUUAACCAUCAAGAGCCUGGAGGCCUUUCAGUAUAUUUUCUGCAACUUUGAGUUGUGGUGUCAUGGCCCUGAAAAUCUGGACCUUUCCGUCUUCACACAACUCACAGAAAUCCUACAAUCUUCAAGGGAUGGAAGCCAGAAUGCAAAACUUGCUCAUCAGACGCAGAUGGUACCCAAACUGCUGCUUCUCUUCAGCGACGCCAAGAUCCCACGCGUCCGAGUUGGCAAGAUCUGUGCUGUCCUCUUCCGUUUGCUCCAAGGCUAUUUUAACAUCCUGGAUACCCUUCGGAUUGGCUUGUUCUUGGUUUACACUUUAAGCCCCGUCUCGGUAGAUGAAAAUAAAGCGAGCCUGGAUGAUGUCUCGGAGUCACUGGGAGAUGCUUUGAGCCAAACAUCUGGAAACAUGAUCUGGCUCCGAAACCAGUUACUAGGGAUGCUACUGGAUGUGAUGCACUCCGACGAACCUCAUCGGUCCUCCGAGUGUUCCCCGCGCAGGAUGCAAGCGGAUGUGUUCCAGGCCCUGGGGCCCGACUGGUUCCUGAUGUUCAUACAAAGCCAUGUGCACUCGAGCACAGUCAUCCUGGUGGUGAAGUUGCUGCUCUAUUUCCUGCACAAUCGCACACUCCUGUGCAAAUUCAAGGAGGGGAUGAUGGCCGGCCUAUGGCUUGAGAACAGCUCAAGGGGGGUGAAUGUCUUGAUAGACAAUUUAAAGAGCUGUGUCCAGAUACCUGAAUGCAGCCCGUACUUGCUGUAUGGAUUUAUAGAGCUGAAGACAUUCCUGAGCAAUUGUAUCCGCAUCCCUGAAGUCUAUUUCCUGCUGUCAGGAUUAUUUCUGGCCACUCCGGUGUGUGAGCCACCCAGUGAAUCCCAGGCAGAGCUGGACUCCAUGUUACAGUGGCUACUGCAGAAUCAUUCUGCGGAUGCCGUCGCCAAAGUCGGUUUGUGCCCGGAAGCAGCAGUUCUGCUCCUGGAGAUGGUGAAGGCCUUGGUGGGCAAGGCUCCAGCGGAUGUAGAGGACUGUUGGGAGAUCAGCUUCCUUGGGCAUGUCAUGCAGUUCUUCUGCAUGGUCCAUCGUAGGUACUCCCAGGAUGCCCUCUGGUGCAACUCAGACUUUCUCCAAGCCUUGGCAUUGGUCGUCUUCCCCUCUGCGGUCCCUCAGGGCAGCCCUGUGGGUGGCUUAUCUACCGGCGACCUUCCUGUUCCUUUGCCCCUGGACCCUGCUAGGAAGCCAGUGUGGGGCUUCACCUGCCGCCUCCUGAUGGAAAUGUUACUUGUUGUCCCAGCGCAUAAGCAGUGGCACCCCUUGGAGAUGCUUCUUGAGGCUUCUGCAGAAGGCUGCACCGCUGAGCACAAGAAGAUCUUCCAGACAGAUAUCCUGCUUUCCAUUAUGGAUGUAUUCCCCAUAAUUGUCCAAGAGGAUGAAAAGAGAAUGCCAAAUUUCGGAAGGAACGGUUCUGCAGGAAGUGUGUCAGAGUCAGCCAUGCCGACGCUUCUGGUGAACAUAUCCUAUUUUGCCCAGAAACUGGUAGAGAAACUUUCUGCAGGAAUGUUUGUUGAAAACCCGAGAAAAAUCAUUCUCUUCCUUGCCGAGCAAGUGACUGUGGCCACACAGAAGAUUUCUCUCCACAAGGAAGCGAUUCUCAGUGUUCUUUACAGCAGCUUAAACCGAGCCAUUCUCCACUGCCUGUCGAGUGCCACUUCUGAUCAGCCAAGACUCCUCAGCGUCCUCCGGACCCUUCAGCAGCAGUGGGACACCAUCUUUGCAACACACAACUCCAAUCCGGGCUUCAUCACCUGCUUUUUGGAUUGCCUGUCUCAGCUGAGGCCCCCGAGUUCUUCGGAACAGCAUGAAGCAAAGCAGAAAUUGCCUUCUGGCCGCAGUCUUUUCCAGGCACCCAGCAAAGAGGAGCAGAGGACAGAUGAUCCACCUGUUCAAAAGAACGUUCAGCAAGAGAUCUGGAAGGCCGCCGAAGACAUCUGGAACCUGCUCCUCUCUCAGCGGAGACUGGACAUGGAAGAUGCAUACAAAACAGCACUCUCUGUUGAGAGAGCUGGAGCUGGAGACAGGAAAAAGAAAACGGGAGACCUCAUGUCUCAGUGGGAAGAGACCAUGGCAAAAGCGUGGCAGCAAUUCUUAGCAUCAGAAAAGAAAAUUCCUCAGAAUAAGCUUCUAGCCCAGACUUCCAGCAAAACACGCCCGUGGGGUGAAAGUUUAUCGUCAGCAAUGAAACUAGCAGCCCACAGAAACGUCAAGCGAAUGGGGUGCCACGCCCAGGACUUUGUGUUACAUUUGGAGAAAUACAGGCGAAGUGGCCAAGAACUCUAUGCAAUUCUGAACAAGGACCAGUUGCAGAGGUUACUUUGCAUCCACAAUAAAUCGGCCAAAGCCUGGGCAGACCUCGAGGAACAGCUUUUCAGGAGAGAGGACCCUACGGGGACCUCAUUGGUGCUCUCAGCUCCAAAAUGGAUUCUGGAUAGGUAUGAAGGCCCGGCCCGGAUGAGGAAAAGGAUUUGGUUUAACAUCACCGAUCACACAGCCGUGGCAACAAAGAACAAGGCUCACCAAACACAGGAGAGCACAUCUGUUCCAACUCCUGAGGAAAGACAAGAAGAGCACCUGCUGAGUGAUGGACAAAGAGAGAUGGACUGUGACCAGUUGACAUUCUUUCCUUCCUUGCUUGAAAAUAAUUCAGAAGACUUUUUGGAGGCAUGCAUGGAAAGAAGAAUCAUUUUGCAAGAGUUUGCAGAGGAUGAAAAGGUUACAAAUAGAGAAUCGGUGGCGAUUGUUCAGGGGCAUGUGGUUCUGGAAGGAGUGCUUCUCUUUGGUCAAAAACAUUUUUACAUCUGCAAGCAUUUCACUUUGUCCCACCUGGAAGAGGUUUACUGCACAAGGCACUGCUUAUCCAGCAUCAGUGAAUCGUUCAUUUAUAGUUUGUGCCACAAAGAGCAGGCCGCGGGACGGCCUGCAUGUUCCUGCUACUCAUACAGUGACAUUAAAGAGAUCCACCCCAUGCGCUUUCUUCUUCAGGAGGUGGCCUUGGAAAUCUUCUUCAGAAGUGGUUACUCCGUCUUCCUGGUAUUCCACAAGAGUGACCGGAAAAAAACCCUGAAAAGAUUUUAUUCAAUGAAGCCUGUUUUGAAAUCAAAAGGAAUCACAGAAGAGUCUAUCAAUAUAAGAAGAAGCACAGGAGGAGAGAAGACCAUGCUCCUGAAGUGGCAGAGAAGGGAGAUCAGCAAUUUUGAGUACCUUAUGUACCUGAACACUUUGGCUGGACGUACCUACAGCGAUCUCAUGCAAUACCCAGUCUUCCCAUGGAUUCUUGCUGACUAUCAUUCCCAGACUUUGGAUCUGACUAAUCCAUGUGCCUUCCGUGACCUAUCAAAGCCCAUGGGGGCACAGACAACCAAGAGAAAAGAGAAAUUCAUCCAGCGUUAUAAGGAUGUAGAGAAGACUGAAGGCAGCCUCUCCGCCCAGUGCCACUACUGCACCCACUACUCUUCCGCCAUUAUCGUGGCCUCCUACCUCGUCCGCUUAGAACCCUUCACCCAAAUCUACUGCUCUUUGCAGGGAGGAGGUUUUGAUGUCGCGGACAGAAUGUUCCACAGCCUGAAAAGCACUUGGGAUUCCGCCUCCAGACAGAACAUGACUGACGUGAGAGAACUCACCCCGGAAUUCUUUUAUCUGCCAGAAUUCUUGACCAAUUGCAAUCAGGUCGAGUUUGGAAGCUUGCAGGAUGGGACCUUGCUGGGUGAUGUGCAGCUGCCCCCCUGGGCAGAAGGAAACCCUCAUAAGUUUAUUAGCUUGAACAGGCAGGCCCUGGAGAGUGAUUAUGUCAGCAGCCACCUCCACCACUGGAUAAAUCUCAUCUUUGGUCACAAGCAGCAGGGACCGGCAGCAGUGAAGGCCGUCAACACCUUCCACCCGUAUUUUUACGGUGACCAGGUGCACCUGGACAGCAUCAGUGAUCCACUCACCAAAAACACUGUCUUGGGAUUCAUCAGCAACUUUGGACAAAUCCCAAAGCAGCUCUUUACCAAACCACACCCAGCUAGAAAUGCCCUGGGGAAGCAUCCUGUGGGCAGAGACACCAUCCUCUUCUCUUUCCCAGCCGGGCAGUUGCCUCCAUCGCUCAGCAGCCUGCAUAACUUGAAGCUCUCAUCAGUUCCUGUCAAAGACACACCUCAAGGACCUGUGGGUCACAUCGUGAGCACCGACAAGGGAGUUUUGGCUGUGGACAAGAACAAAAUUUUGCUCCCUCCACUGUGGAACAAAGUUUUUUGUUGGGGAUUUGACGACUUCACCUGCUGUCUGGCAGGCUACGGAGCAGACAAGAGCAUAACCACCUUCGAAGCCCCUGCAGACUGGGGGGCUUGCCUCUGUGUUGUGUGCCUUACACCGACAAUACUCAUCACCGCGGGAAGCAGCUCCGUGGUAUGUGCCUGGGAACUCUCUGUGGCCAACGAUGGAGCGGCUUGCUUGCGCCUGAAGAAGCCUUUGUAUGGGCACCGAGGGGCCGUGACCUGCCUGGCUGCCUCCACGUCCCACAGCGUCGUGGUGAGCGGCUCUGCUGACAGAUCCGGCAUCAUCUGGGACUCGAACCAGCUGACAUGCCUCGCCCGGCUUCCUGCCCACGAGGCAUGCCUCUCGGCUGUUGCCGUCAACGAUUCCACAGGUGACAUUGCCUCCUGCGCUGGAAUGUCUCUCUACAUCUGGAAUAUCAGUGGGAAACCUCUGGCCAGGCUCGACUCUGCCAGCAGACUUGGUGCCACUCUGUCCUGCUGCUGCUUCGUCCAGGUGAUGGACUGGGAUGUGCACGGCCUAAUCGCCACAGGGGAAACAGGUGGCCGAGUGCAGGUUUGGAAGCUGGAAACCGCCCCCUCUCGGUGCCCAGAUGUUAGUAUGAAGACCUCCCAGUCCUCUUCUGAAUGCCUGGCAGAGAAGGGCAACAAGUUGGAAACCCCAUGCGUUCUCUGUCAAGAGCUUGAUCUCAGCACAACCACGUCGGAAAGGCCUGGCAAAGGGGCGGCAACUGUUACAGCCCUGGCAGUCUCCAGGUAA